AUGCUGUCCUCCAUGACCAACCGGGCGCCGGCCCAGCGCGCGGCCGUGCGCACCCGCGGCCCCCAGCGCGCCGCGCUGCGCGUGUGCGCCGUCGCCACCACCGCCAAGAAGGACGCCGCUGCGGCCCCUGCCAAGGGCCUGAUCACACCCGAGGCGGCGAAGGAGGUGUACUAUGACAUGGUGCUGGGCCGCGAGUUCGAGGAGAUGUGCGCACAGAUGUACUACCGUGGCAAGAUGUUUGGCUUUGUGCACCUGUACAGCGGCCAGGAGGCCGUCAGCAGCGGCGUCAUCAAGCUGCUGCGCCCGGACGACCACGUCUGCUCCACCUACCGCGACCACGUGCACGCGCUCUCAAAGGGCGUGCCCGCGCGCGAGAUCAUGGCCGAGCUGUUCGGCAAGUCCACGGGCUGCUGCCGCGGCCAGGGCGGCAGCAUGCACAUCUUCAGCGCCAAGCACGGCGUGCUGGGCGGGUACGCCUUCAUCGGCGAGGGCAUCCCCAUUGGCGUGGGCGCCGCCUUCAAGAGCGCGUACAGGCGCAACGUGCUGGGGGAUGAGAGCAGCGACAGCGUGACGGUGUCGUUCUUCGGCGACGGCACCUGCAACGUGGGCCAGUUCUACGAGUCCCUCAACAUGGCGGCCCUCUACAAGCUGCCCCACAUCUUCGUGGUGGAGAACAACAAGUGGGCCAUCGGCAUGAGCCACGGCCGCGCGACCAACCCGACCCUGGGCGAUGAGGACCCUUACAUCUACAAGAAGGGCCCCGCGUUUGGCAUGCCCGGCGUGCACGUGGAUGGCAUGGACGUGCUCAAGGUGCGCGAGGUGGCGCAGGAGGCGAUCGCGCGCGCCCGCCGCGGCGACGGCCCCACGCUCAUCGAGGCGGAGACCUACCGCUUCCGCGGCCACUCCCUGGCGGACCCCGAUGAGCUGCGCAGCAAGGAGGAGAAGGCCAAGUACGCGGCGCGCGACCCCAUCCCCCAGCUGAAGGACUACAUGCUCGCCAACGGGCUGGCCACCGAGGCGGACAUCAAGGAGAUCCACGACAAGGUCAUGGCGGAGGUGGAGGACUCGGUCAAGUUUGCGGACGAGAGCCCGAAGCCCGACAAGGGGCAGCUGCUGGAGAACGUGUUCGCGGACCCCCGCGGCUUCGGCAUCGCGCCCGACGGCCGCUACAGGUACGAGCUGCCCGGCUUCACCACGGGCACCGCCCAGGUGUCGUAA